UGAGAAUUCGGAGGCGAGUACUCAAUGCCCAACCUCUUAGAAAACCAUUGGUAGCGAUGUUCGGCAGAUGAGAUAGAACUGGCACACUUCAAUAGCAGAUGCUCUCACACACUGAUCUUCUCGGAACAAACUAUUGAACCAGUGGGAAUGAACAAACCAGAAUUAAUUUGAUUCAUGAGAUACAGAUUUCACAGACCCUCAUGACGCAUGAAAACAUUGAAAAAGAUAAAAUUGAUUAAGACAGCGAAAAGCCAUGAAAAGGUGUCGGUAAUUUGACAACCUCAAUUCAGGAGGAGACAAAUUCUAACAGGGAACAGAUGUAGCGACAGCCCUCGUCCAUCGAGGUAUCCAGUUGCAAGGCAAAUCGACAAGGAAUAAAUGACACAUGAUCCUGGCGUUUGUUCUUGAUAAAAAGAUCCAUAAAUGCUGUAAUUAUAAAUCUUUACAUAAAGUCUCUGCAUGUUUAAUUAUGACACGCAGCUGACGGUCUUAUUUGAUUUUAUAUUGACAAUUUUGAAAAAAAAAAAUUGAAGUCCUGGUUAACGUUUUAUUUAAACUUGACGUUGAAAAAAGCAGUUUGAUUUGAGUCGAGUUAAAGAGCGAGAAACAAGAUAUGGAGUAUACGAACACAUCUAUAGUUAAUGCUUUUAACUCAACUGAAGGAAAUUUUGCAAAUUACAGCAACAAUGAGCCAGCAGGUGCAGCUGUGAUGCGUAUUGUUGUUCCUUUGAUUAUUAUUAUUUUGAUGCUAGUUGGAGUUGUUGGAAAUGGACUUCUGAUAUACACUGUUUUCGCCAAUAAAUGCAUGAGGAACACACCAAACAUUUUAAUAGUGAGCCUUUCUAUCGGGGAUAUGGUACUACUGCUAAUGUCCGCUCCUUUUUCUUCAAUGUACUUCACCUUGGAUGAGUAUCCAUUUGGAGUGGUGGUCUGCAAAGGAAAUGAAUACUUGCAAACCCUGUGUGUUGGAGUAUCAGUGUUCACACUAACGGCUCUAAGCGGAGACCGAUUCUUUGCAAUCGUGUUUCCAAUGAGCAAACAUAAAGGAAAACCAAGACUUAAGAUAGGAAUAACAGUAGCCUCGAUUUGGAUAUUAUCAGCUCUCUUUGCUAUACCAGAAGCAGUAAACAUGAACAUAUACGUUUAUGAGGGUAAGCAAUAUUGUUACGAUGAACAGGUAUUUAUGAAGGUUUUUAUAAUGGUAAAAUUCAUCGUUCUGUUUGUGGUACCCCUCUUAAUAAUAGGAUUUUUCUACUGCAUGAUGGCGAUUAUACUGGUGACAAGCAGUCGUCGAAUUCCUUGUGAAACUACUACGGGUUCUGUCGUUUCCCGCCAACAAAAGAAGCAAAUGGAGGCUAGGGUUAAGGUCGCAAAAGUGGUCCUGUCAUUUGUAUUCUUAUUCAUACUGUGCUGGCUGCCGCGAUACGUGUUUCUGCUUUGGUACCAUUGGACAGGUGACGAGGUAGAAGUAACGAUAUUCUGGGUAAUCUUCAAAGUGUUUGGAUUUUGUCUCAUGUACGUUUAUUCCAGUAUAAAUCCGUAUGCGUUGUACUUUCUGAGUAGUCAGUUCAGGAGAUAUUACAACAAAUAUUUAUUUCGCUGCUGCCCAAAGUCCUACAGGCCGAUCCAACCGGAGUCGGCGUCAGCCAUGCUUUAUAAUGGAACCAUUAGACGAGGGAGCACCUCAAUGACCAUCAUCAAAGCUCACUCAGAGGGCUAACUUUUAAUUUAUUACUGGGUAAUUGCAGAAAGAAAACUUUUGAGUUACACGUCAAAAUGUCACUGCUAUGGAAACGUCUGACACUUACAGCUGAAACCUGUAGAAGUCCACUGUCGGUGAUGUACAAAUAAAUUGCAUAUGUACUGGACAUUAUAGCUAUCCGACAAAAAGUGGUAGAUUUAAAAAUAAAACGACAUCGUAUGUUGUAAUACGAAAAUAUAUCGAAAGUGCAAUAUUUGUGUAAAGAGGCUAGUGUUGUUGAUCAUUGAAAAGGUUGGUGCAAAUUAUUUAUAAAAAUGUUUCAUAGCUGUUUCUUGUUGUUUGUAAUUUUAUCAGUCAGGCCAGUAAGUCUUUAUUUCAGAUUUUCUGUCUUCGAUGUUUACAUAUCUGCAGAUAUGAAAAAAGCAUGAGAAGAAUAUUCAUUUGAACAUUAAAUGUUUAAUAUUAAUUCAUCGUUAUUUUCAAUCCAUGUUCAGAUUUGACCAGUACAUUUAAUGUUCUUAGAAUUGCUUGAUCAAGUUGUUAUUAUUGUUUGAUUAGUAAUGUCAAUAUGUUUUC